AUGGCCGAGCCGGUUGGAAUGGCCUCGGGUAUUUUAGCCCUGACGGUCUUCGCCCUCAAGCCCAGCAGCAAACUCGUCAAUGAAAUUCAGAGCUUCCACACCCUCCCUCGGCAGGUUCGUGAGCUGCUGACAGAGCUCUCGGGCCUGACGGUGGUUCUGCGGAAACUCUCCGAAACGGGCGAUCUUGACCUUGACAGGAGUGGCGGUGCCACAGAUGAUGUACGCCUGCCCAGCAUGGUCGAACGCCGGCUGGGGCAGAAAAGCAUACACCAAGAGAACACUGCAACGACUAGAGAGACUGCAAGCCAGGGCCGCAAGGGUGAUGAGCGGCGCCUUCAAGGCGACGUCAUUCCCAGCACUGGACGUCGAAAUGCACCUCCUUCCCGUCGAACAGCAAAUUUGGAGACACAGCCUGGUCACGAUUGGGAGAAUGGGUUCCGCGGUCGAUCGCCAAGAGUCAAACACCGCACCGAGGAAGAGAAUGAGCCCCAGGGAAACUAUCAAACAGAAAUUACAGCAAAGACCCUGCCCCGAUGGCAGACAGCAAGAAAGGGUCGAGCCCUUUGUCGUUCCGCCUUGACGGGAGCGGAAUCAACGGCCGCAUCGGGGCAGCAGCAGUCUGCACGACGACCAGUGAGACUACGAGUGCAGACAUGGGGGCAGACACGACAUCGACGGUCUACGCCGGGGAGCUCCAAGGCAUCAUACUGGCCCUUCGGAUGGCCAAGGCGGACAGAGCAAAAGGCAACAUCGAAGGAAGCUCCUCAUCUACACCGACAACAAAGCAGCGAUCCGAUCAUCGGCCAAACCAAAAGGCAAAUCAGGAGCAUACCUGCUCAAGGACAUAGCCCAGAGGACACAGGAACUCAACAACCAAGGACUCCUGACGGAAAUCCGGUGGAUUCCAGCACACACAGGAUCCAGGGCAACGAAGACGCCGACAGAGCAGCAAAGGAAGCCACUGGCUGGCGCGAAGACGGGCAAACAGGCCCAACGGCAGAGCAGCCAAGGGAACUCUACUCCCUCCUAUCGACGCUCAAGACGUGGACGCACAAGGAAGCCAGCAAAGCAUGGCAAAGAAAAUGGACAUCAGAAACGAGAGGCAGAACCUCGUUCCGAUACACGCCGAAGCCAACCAAGAUCCUUCAGCUCCACGACAGACUGAUCAAUCGACAGAGCGCCAUCCUGGUGCAGAUGCGCACCGAGAAAAUCGGACUCAGGAAGUUCCUCUUCAGCCGAAGAGUCCCGGACAUCAUGGGCGACAUCUGCCCCUGCCGAGAAGGACGACAAACGGUAUCGCACGUCCUGCUGCGAUGCCGCCGAUUCCGACACCUCCGACGCCGGGAACUAGGAUCCAUUCCAGGACGAAACGACCUCCGGGCAUUGCUAAACAAGCGCACAGCAUCAGAUUCAUGGAACAACCGAGAUCCUUGGGCAAUUCAGGAUCGAGCCCCAAGCGAGACAAAGCUGAGCACUGGGGGGAGACUACGAUCGACUCGCAACCCGACCCCAAGCGCCAAAGCGCAAGAUAACCAACAAGCGGACGGCGAAAGCGUCGCAUCGACCAAGAAACCGACCAAGAAUGCGAAGCGGACAGCCCCAGCUGGAGGAGAGGAUGGAUUGGACACGGGCAGAAAGAGUAGCACGUACGGAGACGCGUUGUUGGAAAUGAUGCAGAGGUUGAUGGAGCAGGUGGCGGAGUUGAAGCGGGAGAGCAAGGAACAGCAAGCGACAAUCCAAGAGCUGCAACACCAACACCAGGGAAGCCAACAGCAGAGCGAAGCGGUUGUUCAAGAGCUGCAGCGGCUGCUCCUCGAAAGCCAACAACAGAACAAGGAGGCGCAGCGCCAGAACCAUGCAGGAGGUCCUUCGUGAGGCCCGGAGAGACCUCGAUGCCGUAGCUAAUUGACAAAUACUUG